AUUGCCCUGUUCAUAUAGCGAUGUUGCCAAUGUCAAAAUUUCUCAAGUGUCGAAUCAGCAAAAAAUUAAUAGCUAUGUGGCUCUAAUGGCGUGUAAAAAAGGUGACGUUGUAUUAGUGACAGGUGCUAGCGGUUUUCUGGGGCAACACAUAUUGAAGCAAUUGCAGAGAGAUGCAACAGUGUCAGAAAUUCGUGCAUUGGAUAAGGUCCCCCUCGACGAUUAUUCAAUUGUUGGAUCCUGCGGAGAUGAUUAUUGUUCGAAGAUUAAUUUCUUUAUCAAUAAUUUAUUGGAUGUGGAAGAAUGUCGCAGUGUUUUUCUCAAUACUGAUAUUGUGAUUCAUUGUGCUGCAUUAGUAUCUUAUGAUUUUCCUCCGAAUUAUGAGGAAUUGCAAAAAAAUAAUGUAGACGCUACAGAAAACGUGAUACAUCUGUGUAUUGAACAAAAUGUACAGCGAUUAAUCUACUGCAGUACCACAGAAGUUACACUGACAUCGUAUGUUAAAUAUGGGAUGAUUGCGAUUGUAAUUUAUCAACAGGAAUCUAAAGUUGGAGUACCAGAGGAUGAGCGUAGGUUGAUGAUGGGGGCGUAUGCUAUAUCGAAAUUGAGAGCCGAAAAGAUAGUGCUCAAAGCCAAUGGACAAUUUCUUUCUAAUGGAACAGAAAAAUUAAAAACAGUCUCUAUCAGACCAACAAUACUCUAUGGAGAUGGAGAUACAACAUUUAUUUCCAGAAUCCUUAAGUAUGGGAAAUCUCGAGGAAAUAUUUUGCCUAGGAUAGGUGGAAAAGGUGGCAAGCAGCAGAUGACUUACGUGGGUAAUGCAGCAUGGGGUUUUAUUUGUGCUAAAAAUACCCUUCGUGACCGGCCUGACUCAAUCGCAGGUCUUCCAGUCAUAAUAACUGAUGACAACGAUGUGAAUGAUAUUGGCAGAUUUUGUGAGAGGAUCACUACAAAAAGUGACAACUACAUCAAACGAUCGUCUUGGUGGAUUCCUCUCCCCAUUUCUUACACAAUCGCUCUAUUUAUUGAAUUCAUUAUGAAUGUCAGCAAUAAGUUCAUCGGGAAAUUGCCAAUAUCGCCUACUAGCUUGAUUUCAUACUUGGGAUCUGUUUUUUUGUACAAUCGUUCGAGGGCGGCGAUUCAUCUCGACUAUUCUCCUAUUUAUUCUUCCCAUGAAUCCAUGGAAUUGUCGAGAAAAUAUUAUCAAUCUCUUUUGACUCAUUGAGCAAUAAUUCAAUAGUUUUGGAAAAUCUGUUGUAACAGAACUGAACUGUUGAUGGAAUAAUAUUGAGAAUAGAACAGGUCUUUUUUGUUUUUUCAUUUUUCGUUUUAAAAAGGUUUUAGGAGUUAUUCCCCCAAUCAAAUAUUUCCCAGACAA